AUGGCGACGAUGAACGGACACUCAGACACGAACCUAUGUGACAUCGAGCGACGUCGGCCUGCCACACAAGGAGAUGCCCAGGCUAGACAAAUUAGGGACGUGACGGAUGAUAUAACGAGAGCCCAUUCAAGCUCUGGGGUUAAGCAGUCUCCUCGAUUAAAUGGCAUCCACUUGGGGCAGCCGAAUGAUUUCUCUUCACGACGCAUCAUCCCUCAAGAAGCGCAAGAUUACCUUACUGCAAGACCUGCAUUAUUACAGCGUACCAAGAGUGAUUUCGGGCCUCGACGCAAAGAUGGACCGACAACCCCUCCUUCAGACGACAAACUGGCACAUAUCAGACAUGGCUGGGAUGACGAAUAUACGUCUAACGAGUACCUUUCUCUACUUCAUGCAACAUUUUACAUGUAUUAUACCGAAAAGCGACAUGAGAGCAAUGGCUCACAAUCGGAGGAGUCGAAGAAGUUCCCUAGUGUGGACUGGCGCAUGAAAGAUCGUAUGAAGACCGUUUCUGCUGCCCUGGCAAUCUGCCUCAAUAUCGGCGUGGAUCCUCCGGAUGUGAUAAAGACAAAUCCUACGGCGAAGCUCGAAGCAUGGGUCGACCCAACCGGCAACAGUGGCGGAACUACAAAAACGAUGGAACAAAUCGGGAAGCGAUUGCAAGAACAAUACGAGUCACUUAGUUUGCGCACGAGAUAUAAACAGUAUCUGGAUCCUUCCAUCGAUGAAACAAAGCGGUUUUGCGUCUCCCUCCGACGUAAUGCGAAAGAUGAGAGAGUGCUCUUCCACUAUAACGGUCACGGUGUACCGCUCCCUACCGCAUCUGGUGAGAUCUGGGUGUUCAACAAGAAUUAUACCCAAUAUAUUCCCGUCGGCAUUUACGAUCUACAAUCAUGGUUAGGGGGUCCAAGCUUAUUCGUAUACGAUGUCUCUCAUGCGGGAAAUAUUGUUCACAAUUUUGAUACCUUCCUCGCCAAGCACGACAAGGAGAAUGAGGAACUCAACAAGCGCGAUCCAAAUGCUCCGGUUCAGAAUUACGGAGACUGCAUUCAAUUGGCAGCUUGUGGUAGAACCGAGAUGUUACCGACUAACCCUGACCUUCCCGCCGAUCUGUUCACAUGUUGUCUCACUACUCCAAUCGAUAUUGCAUUGAGAUACUUCGUCCUACAGAACCCUCUUCCUGGUAGUCCGGGUUUGGAGGACGGAAAAAUUCCUGUCCCGGGUCGCCUCCAGGAUCGUAGAAGUCCCCUAGGCGAGUUGAAUUGGAUUUUUACGGCGAUUACAGAUACAAUUGCAUGGAACAUACUCCCUCGACCGUUAUUCAAAAAACUUUUCCGUCAAGACCUCAUGGUCGCCGCUCUUUUCCGCAACUUUCUCUUGAGCGAACGGAUAAUGAGAGCAAAUCAUUGUCAUCCAAUAUCAUCACCACCUCUUCCGGAAACACAUCGACAUCCGCUAUGGCAGAGUUGGGAUCUUGCCAUUGAAAUGGUCAUGUCACAACUUCCGAUGUUACGAGAGGCAGAGGAAGGCAAGCGUGUCUACGAAUAUCAACAUUCUACAUUCUUCUCAGAACAACUCACAGCCUUUGAGGUGUAUCUCAGCUCGGGACCUACCAAAGACCACGCUCCAGAUCAACUCCCCAUUGUUCUUCAGGUUCUCCUUAGUCAGGUGCAUCGGUUGAGGGCGUUAAUUCUGCUUAGCAAGUUUCUGGAUCUUGGACCAUGGGCUGUUCACCUGGCCCUGAGCAUUGGGAUCUUCCCUUAUGUGGUGAAGCUUCUCCAAGCAGCCUCAUUGGAGCUAAAGCCUGUCAUGGUCUUCAUCUGGGCUCGCAUAAUGGCGGUGGACUACACAGUACAGAGUGAUUUGCUCAAGGACAACGGCAUCCACUACUUCAUCUCUAUCAUGAGUCCACGGUCUGAUAUCCCUGUUGGUAAUGCUAGUGAGCAUCGAGCGAUGUGUGCAUUCAUUGUGGCCACAUUUUGCAAGAAAUAUCCUCCGGGUCAGACCGUAUGUCUGCUACCAGAACUCUUCAAUGCCUGUCUCCUCAACAUGUUAGAGCCCGAGAACCCCUUACUUAGACAAUGGUCUUGCUUGUGCUUGAGUAUGUUAUGGUGCGAAUAUGCAGAUGCGAAAUGGAUGGGUAUCAGGUGCUCAGCGCAUGCUCGACUGUGCGAGCUGUCUCUUGAUCCCGUCCCAGAGGUUCGAGCAGCCAUGCUCCAUGCUCUCACCAAUUUCCUAGGUAUUCCUGAUCUCACUGACCAGGUGUCCCAAGUCGAGGAGGGCAUUGCAUCUUCUGUCCUCUUCAUGACAUCAGACGGCAGUACCUUGGUACGGAAGGAGCUGAUCGUAUUCCUCUCCACUUUUGUCAAGCGCCAUGAGAACAAGUUCAUGGUAGUAGCGUACGAGCAGCUUGUGGAGGAAAGAGAGAAACACCCUUACAAGGAAACCGAGCCGAGUGUGUUUGACCCCCGUGAUAACAUCAGCACAGUCCCCAUCUCGGCGAACACAAUUUAUGGAUCGAUUUGGGUCCAGAUUCUGAUUCUCUCUGUUGAUCCUCACCCAGAGAUUGCCAGAAAUGCUUCCCUAAUCGUAGAUCAAGUCCAUGAAAGUCUCAUCAACUCCCCCUUGAGUCACAUGGCAUUGGCAGUGAUUGAUGACCUUCUGAAAUUUUCGAAGAAAGAAGAAGCUCAUCUCAAGAAAGUUUCGUCAAGAGAUUCCCUUCGAGCAAUCGAUCGACAAUCUAGUACGACGACACCCCCACAGCUACAAAAACAGCAGAGUUAUCUGUCACUGAGUCUUAAACGGGCUGGUAGCUCGCUGCGAAAUCUGGCAUUUGGCAACCCAUCAGACAGUCCUACUAGAGAAACUACGCCACAAACGUCCCCAAGCAAGACAAGGGAGCCUGUUCAGCCUCUCAGUACCCCCCGCAAUCGAUUGCCACCAGAAUGGAGCCGUCCGCCUGAUACACUGAACGCGAGUAGCACUCCUGGCGCGUAUCAAGCAGCAUAUCUACCAACUUCAGCUGGAUUCAUGCCACUAGAUCCUAAGACACGGCCGACGAUUCCUCUUCAGAGUUCUCUACUGGAAUGGUCGACAGAGUAUUUCCGCGAGCCGCAAAUGAGGCCUAAUGAUCCAGAUGAGCCAGGUUCGGCGGACUAUAACUCUCGUUUGUGGCGACGCACACGCAACGAGCGGAUCAUCGCAGACACCCAGCCAUUGAAAGGCAAAGCAGGGAGCUCGAGGUGGACACGUUUGGAGGGUCUCAUCAACAACCACAGUCAGCCAACCAAGUUGACGUUUCAUCAGUUUGACGACCAUCUAGCUAUUGCGGAUGACAAAGACAUCAUCACGAUUUGGGAUUUCCAGAAGAAUGAACGGCUUAAUCGAUUCAGCAAUGGCAACCCCAUUGGAAGUCGAAUCAAUGAUGCCAAAUUCAUGAAUGAAGACGACCAACCCCUUCUUAUGGUUGGCAGCUCCGAUGGUGUUCUGAAAGUAUAUCGCGGUUACCAAAGUGGAGCUGAGGUUAAAGUCAUCACUGCGUUCCGCGCGUUGACAGAAUUAAUUCCUAGCAACAAAAAUGCAGGAUUAGUUUUCGACUGGCAACAAGGUCAAGGGAAGGCACUCGUCGCGGGAGAUGUUAAGGUGAUCAAAGUUUGGAAUGCAGCCACGGAGCUUUGUGUUGGGGACAUCCCUGCACGAAGCAGUAGCUGCGUUACCAGUCUGACCUCUGACCAAGUAGCAGGCCAAAUCUUUAUAGCGGGCUUUGGCGACGGUGUGGUACGCGUAUUUGAUCAACGCCUCAACCCACGUACAGCAAUGGUCAAGAUCUGGCGUGAGCACCGACAGUGGGUCAGCAACGUACAUAUGCAGCGAGGUGGAGUAAGGGAACUUGUUUCUGCCAGUCGCAACGGCGAGGUCAAGCUUUGGGAUUUAAGAAAUGACAAGGCGGUACUAACUCUCAAUGCGACGGGCUCCUCGAGUAGUACGCUGUCAGGACAAGGACAGCAACAAGUUCUGGAUGGUGCACCGACGCCAACCACUAUAUCGUCGUCCAAGACUCUCCUCCGCAGCCUCUCGGUGCACGAGCAUGCCCCUGUACUCGCCGUUGGCACGGACCGACAUGAGGUGCGAAGUUUCAACACGAACGGUGAUCCCUUGGGUGUCUUUGAGCCCUUGGCCAGCCGUAUUGCGCAAGUCGUCGGUGGGAGUCUCAGUGGUAGAGGAUAUCAAAGUCCCAUCGUAGCCACUGCGUACCAUCCUCACCGUAUGGUCCUGGCAUGCGCAGCACAGGGAGAUGGGCAUGUGAGCCUCCUGGGGUAUUAG